UUUUUACAUUUUUUUUCUCAACAGAAGUUUUAUGAAUCCACAUGAGCCUUUCAGAAUCCCAGAUGAUCUUCAUGAACAAGUUGUGAUAUUUGAAGCAUUGUAUAAUACUGCUUCUUCUAACAACAGUUAUCAGAGAAUUUUGGACAGUUACCCAGAUCCAACUUGUGAAAGCUUAUAUGACUAUUUUUCUCAAAUCUUGGAAGAACAUGGUCCCAUGGAAAUUGAUAAUCCACUAUUAGUUGGGGAAUAUGAAGAUUUCCCAGCAGACACUCGUAGGAUAGUGGAGAAUGCUGGUGGUCUAAAAUCUUUUCUUCUGGGAUCUCUACGUUUUGUUAUGGUGGAUGAUCUUAUUGGACUGAUGAAACAUGCAGUUAUGCUGCAGGAAAAUGCAGAACUCAUUGAAAUUGAUGAAAACAAUUAUUCAGAGAGCCUAUACUGUCAAAAAAACAAAAACAAUUUCCAUAGCAUUUCCAGUUUAAAUCCAACUGCUAAGGAAUUUAAGCCUCUCUCUUUUAUUAAUAAGCCUUAUAUUUCAACAUCUCCAAAUAAUUUAGAAUAUGUGACUGCUAGCCAUUCCUCAUUUAGUCCUUUUGCUUCCUCAUAUUCUUUUUCUAGUCAGACAACUGACACUGCACCAGUGGCAAGUAUAUCUUUGUCUCCAACUGUACCUGACGAUUAUACAAUAAUUCUGAAUAAAAUUCAUUCAGAAUAUGUAAAUGAGAGACUACCUCGUUUUUACUCAAGUGCCAUUGAUGCCAGAUAUUUCUAA